AACGCGGAUAGUUUCAUAUGUUUUAUUUGAAGAAGAAAAGCCACUCUGGGGAGGGAGCAGGAUUUUUUGAUUACUUUUAACAAUUAAACAUUCUUAUUGAAUCAUGCCUGUAAAGAAAGUGGUUAUAGUCCCAGGUAAUGGAGCAGGAGAUGUUCAACACAGUAACUGGUAUGGCUGGACCAAUAAACAGAUUAAUCGGAUACCCGGUGUGUGUAGUGAGUUGAGGAACAUGCCAGAUCCAGUUAUUGCGAGAGAGAGCGUAUGGCUGCCGUUCAUGGAGAAGGAGUUGCAGUGUGAUGAGGAGACACUGAUUAUUGGUCACAGCUCAGGAGCUGCUGCUGCUAUGAGGUACAGCGAGACACACAAGGUAUUCGCUAUCAUCUUAGUGGGUGCCUACACUUCGGACCUGGGAGAUGACAACGAGAGGAAGAGCGGGUAUUUCAGUCGUCCAUGGGAGUGGGAGAAGAUCAGAGCUAACGUGAACCAUAUCGUCCAGUUCGGCUCCACAGAUGACCCUUUCCUACCGUGGGAGGAGCAGCAGGAAGUAGCAGAUAAACUGAAGACAGAACUUCACAGAUAUACAGAUCAUGGACACUUUCAAAACACACAUUUCCCAGAGCUCAUUAAUGCUAUACAGAACCUGAUCAAAUCUGGAUAAAUUAUUAGAAGGAUCAAACUUGUAUUAUAUUUUUCUCACAAGUGAAAUUGCUGUAACGAUUAUCCUGAAACUGUUUAUGUACUUAAAGAUCAAUAACUACACAAUGGUAAAGGUAGAAUAAAGAGGCAUGUAUAUUC